GCCAACCAGAAAGGAGAGAGAAAGAGGAGAGGUGGCUAUUAAAUGGAUACGAAUGCUUGGAGGAGAUUUGCCUGCUUUUCUGCGGGCUUUAAGACCACAUUUGCCACGUCUGCGGAUUUGGGGAAUGAGAGUGAAAGCUGAUGAGAUACAAAGGUUGGGAGGAAGAUCGCCUCCGUGUUUAGCCUUUUCCAUCUCCACCUUUAUUGCAACGGCCGAUGUUUUAAAAUCCUUUGAAGUGGAAUUUUCAGAAGAUACAAUUUAAGCAUACUAGAAAAUAAAGAGAGUAUGUUUUAGAGGGGUUUUUUUUAACAAAGCAAUCUGAAAUCAUUCCUUAGUAAUGAGGUAAUAUUUGAGCAUUGUUGGAUUUUUUGUUUUAAUGGCCAGGUGCAUAUAAGGUCAUGCGGGUUGCUUUUCAGUCUGUGAAAAACGCAUCUUCAAGUAACCAGAAUGGAAGGUACCUUUUGGAUUCUCUUUGCGACCGCGGCUUUUGUGACUGGCGCUCUCAUUCCAGAACCAGAAGUCAAAACCGAAAUUCUCCAUAAACCUUUCAUUUGCAAAAGGAAGACCAAGUUUGGAGACCUGAUGUUGGUGCACUAUGACGGAUAUUUAGAGAAAGAUGGCUCACUCUUUCAUUCCACUCACAAGCAUAAUAAUGGCCAACCAACAUGGUUUACUCUUGGUAUAAAGGAAGUUAUUCAAGGCUGGGAUAAAGGUUUGACACAGAUGUGUGUCGGAGAGAAACGCAAAUUAACAAUUCCUCCAUCUCUAGCUUAUGGAAAAGAAGGCAAAGGAAAAAUUCCACCUGAAAGUACACUGAUCUUCCACAUUGACCUUUUAGAAAUUAGAAAUGGGCCAAGAUCUCAUGAGUCCUUUCAAGAGAUGGAUCUUAAUGAUGAUUGGAAGCUGUCUAAAGAAGAGGUAAAAAUGUAUUUGAAGAAGGAAUUUGAAAGACAUGGUGCACCAAUUAAUACAAGUCACCAUAAUAUUUUGGUUGAAGACAUAUUUAAUAAAGAAGAUGAGAACAGUGAUGGCUUUAUAUCUGCAAGAGAAUUUGUUUAUAAACAUGAUGAGCUAUAAAACAUUGUGAAAAAGUUGACUUAGAAAAAAGCAAUAGUUUGCAAAAUGGAUGUUUUUUUUUUAAAGUUUUGGAGCUGUUACUCAUCAGUAUGUGCAUAAAUUUUAACAGCUAUUUUUCUAUAAGAUCUAUUUCUUAUACCAAAUAAUACAGUGUUUAAAUAUUGAAUGAACUAUUUGAAUGUUUUCAUUCAGAUGGAAGCAUUAUUAUAUGUUUAAGAGCAUGGAAUUAAAACAUUUCCAAAACCAAAUAUUACUGAAAAUACAGCUGCUUGCUUUGAAGGAUUCAUUGAGAAUAUAUCUGUUGUUCAAGUAUUUCAUUUCUGUGCUCUUAGAACUCUUAAUAUUUUAAAUGAUAGUUCUCACAAUGUGCUAGUAGAUUUCAUUGUUUAUAUAAUUUAUACAGGACCAAACACUGCUUUAUCAGCAAAUCUUUUUGUAAAAAAAUAAAACAUUGCUUUUUGCUUGAAGUGA